AUGGGAGCCACCAAGAAGCAUCUAAAGAGACAAAUUCUCCUCAAUGAACCGCAAAAAUCUCUCCAAUUCAUUUGUGUUUCAAAUUCAAGAAAGAGAAAUUCUCAAAUUUCCCCACGCUCCGCUCGCCUCCUCGCUUUUCCCCGGUUCCCUAUUCGGAGCUGGCUGCAAAUUCCCUUUACCCUUUCGGGCAAGCAGGCCACUUUUAAGGUUGUCAGUGUAACUUUGGCCUCGGACAUUGAAGCCCGAGCUCCAAUACACCAAAAUUUUCUCCGAACACACAAGACACGGAAAAUUCUUUUUUUCCCUAUUUUUCCGCCCAUCGGGCCUCUAUUUAUCCGUCCAGACUCUGUUCAUCCUCAAUACUGGCACCCAUGGUCCAUUCCUGCACGCGACCCCUCUCUUUAUUUCCCACCAAAACAACUACUUCUUCCACCGACGCACGCAUUUGUCGCUGGACUCUCGAAUCUGGCGCACUUGCAUCUUCGCCGUCGUCUUCCAAUCAGAUCGGUGUAA